AUGUCUGGAAGAAAUACAUUUUCCAUCGGGAGAUCUCCACCUAUUGAUCAAAACUUAAUUAAUGAACUAGAACGACAAGCCUAUGGUAUAUCCAAUGAUUUAGAAACCAUGCUUCAAAAUCUCCAAUCACAAAUGUUUGAGGCAUCAGUUUUGACAUCAGCUUCUUUUGAUGUAUAUAACCAAGCAAUCACAAAUAAUGGUAUAGCUUUAAAUCAAGCAAUUAUCAAAACUCGAGAGUUAAUUGAAAUAUGUGUUAAAUUAGAUAAAGAAUUUGUUAAUGUAGAAACAUUGGCUACCAAUCCAGUUGCAGACAGAAUGGAUAAUCCAACUACUGCAUAUCCUGUACGAUAUACACCUUUUAAACUUAAAGCUCCACCAACAUCCCAGAUCUGUUAA